AUGUCCACAACAGCUGCCGAUGAAAAGCACGUGAACAGACGAGGAGUCCUUCGCUCCAAACGCUGUCGAAUUCUCUUGGCUUUAAUUGCCUUCAUUGUCAUCUGCGCUGCCAUCAUCCCGGCCGUUGUCGUGACCACACUCCGCAAAAAGAACAGUAUGGGUCCAAAGUCCAAGGUCUUUGUGCCACUCUACGUCUACCCUGCUCCUGGGGCUUGGACUCCGCUGGAAAAUGUAAUUUCCACACAUCCCGAUGUCAACUUUACCGUGGUGAUCAACCCAGGGAAUGGUCCUGGGCCGGACUCAUUACCUGAUGCCAACUAUACGCGUGAGAUACCAAAGCUGGCAUCUUACUCUAAUGUUCGGCUAUUGGGAUAUGUGCAUACAUCGUAUGCUCAGCGCAACAUCUCAUUACUGCGCAAGGAUAUCGAGACUUAUGCUGCCUGGCCGAGUGAAUCAUCCAAUCCCAACUUGACUGUUCAGGGUAUCUUCUUCGACGAAACACCGCAGCAAUUCAGCGAUCAGGCUGUCACUUAUCUGCAAAAUUUGACCGACUUGGUUAAAAGCCAGAAGGCAUUUGGUCCCGAUGGUUUUGUGGUGCAUAAUCCAGGGGCUGUUCCCGACUCUCGGUAUCUGAGCUCUGCAGACUCGACCGUGGUGUUUGAAGGAACCUACGGCAUGUUCCAAGAGCGGCAGGGGGCUAAGCUGUUCGCAGAUAUCCCGAACAGCACUCGCGGCCAACUGUGCGCCGUGAUCCACUCGGUUCCUGACAUCCAGGAUGGGUCGGGUCUGCGCGAUUUGGUAAAAGAGGCGCGUAGGGUAGCCGAUGAGGUUUUCAUUACCCACCUUGACACUGAUUACUACGCGAGUUUUGGGGAGAAGUGGACGGAGUUUGUCGAUCUCAUGGCUGCAUAG